AUGGAUUCUAAUACAGCGUUCAGGGGAAGGAAUAAUCCUGGUGCUACACAAGAUGACGGAUCUGACCUACCUUCCUACGAGUUAGUAAUAAACAAUCAACCACAAUCUAUACGCGAUAUUAGGGCAGAACUGCCGGUAUCAUCAGUGGCAUGGAAUACCAACCAUGUGUCUCCUCUAAGACCUAUGCACGGUCUGGAUUUCCUGAUUGGUGUCUCAUCAUUACUCAUUCAACAGACAGUCGAAAUACAUCACUUAACAUCGAACAUCAAAUCGGAAAAUUUGUAUACUGUAAAAGUGCCGAGCGGUCAAACCUUAUUCUUGGCAAGCGAAAGUUCGUCAAAAUACCAGAGGCUAUUCUGUGGCGUCGGACGGGGUUUUACAAUGCAACUGCACGAUAAUACUAGACAAAGAGUUAUGGACAUGGAGAGGAGAUUGGCGGCAGCUUCGUGCUGCUUCCCUUGCAGACUUCAGGAGAUGCAAGUGGUAACACCACCUGGUGAUUAUCUUGGCCGAGUCCAGCAACAAUGGACCUGGCUUGUACCAUUUUACCUCGUAAAGAACGUUUCAGAUGAUGUACAAUACGUCAUAGAGGGACCGAACAGUUUGGACAAUCGAAAUUUAAUAUUUGGUGAAUUUAAGAUAUUAACAGGCGAUUCGUUGCGUGUAGUGGGCAAAAUAUCCCACAGCUGGGAUCGCGAAUUGAACAGUUUCGUAACUUCCGUCGAAUUUCCACACUGCGCAGUUGAACCAAAACAAAAAGCCCUACUUCUAGCAGCUACCUUUUUAAUAGAAUACACGUAUUUCGAAAGAGCCAAAACCAGUUGUCUGCGAUUUAAUUGUUGCUGA